AUGGACGAAGAAGCAGCAUCCGAAACUGACCCUCUGCUGUCAAAGCAUCCAGCUGCAUCUCGACGUCGCUUCGACAAUGAUACUCAGAAACCGAGCCCUCUUCCCAUCGCUCCUCAACCAACGCCAAACAACAAUGAAACAGAGGCGGACAGCGAGCCUCUUUCUCAACAAGAUGUCUAUACUCUGCUCGGUAUGGCUGCUCCCACGGCAAACAACACAUCACCGCGCCAUCUCGAAUCUGCACACGGCUUCUAUGCCCAGCUACUAAAGACCGAGCGUCGUGCAUCACGUCACUAUCGCCUUUACGAUGUUGCGAUCUGCUUUCUUAUGAUUGUCCAACUCUGUAUCUCGGCUGUGUUUGUCGUACUCGGCUCGCUGCCUAAUCUCGAUCGUCAUCAUGUGGCUGUCGCUUCGCUAGGCGCCAUCGCCACCGUCGUGGCAGGAAUGCUGGCAUUGAUGAAAGGCCAAGGUCUACCAAACCGCCUUCGCAUGGAGCGUGAUGCGUUGAGAAGAGUGGUGUUUGAAACCGAAGAGCUGUACUGGGAUGCCAGAGCAGGCAGAGAGGUUGAUUUUGCAGACGUUGAGAGAUUGAGAGAUGCAUACGUUGCUGUGGUGGAAGACGCGAGGAAGAACCAUCCUGAUGUGUGGACUUCAAGUCCUGUACCUGUGCGGGUCAAGACAGGGUUGAGUGGAAAGGGGAUACAGAUGCCAGGAGCUGCGCAGAUUGCAAAGUUGUGA